AUGAAAUUUCUUCUGACAGUGCUGCUCCUCGGUCUCCUGCUGCAGGUAACCCUGGCCAAGGAGAAACCUAAAGAGGAGGAGGAGGAUGAGACGAAGGAAGUGAGUGCGGCGAAGGAGGAGAAGGAGGGUGCAGUGUCUCCGGCCUGUGGCGGUUGGUGGGGAGGCUGUUGCCGCCGCCCAUGUUGCUGGCGUCGUUGUUGCCGCCGCUGUGGUUGUGGCUGGGGUGGGUGGUGGUGGUAA